CUAGACAGUAGGCUGUGAGACCGACCAUCACUUCCUUGUUUCCAUUGGUACAUGUAAAAGAGUACCUAAAACAUUUUUGGUAAAAAACUCCGAAAUUCCAGUAAAAAAAAAUGAAUUGUUCCUGUUCUUCAAGCCAAUGCCCACACGUUCAAUACGUUCGGAAACUCCUGGAAACCACGGAGAAAGACGACCAGUCAGCCACUCCUCAAACCACGGUGCAAAAAGCGCUUCCACAACUGCAGAAAGCUGCCUGGUACGUGGCGACAGCCAUCAAAGAGAUCUUCUUCGUUUGGAUCGCCAUAACAAAGAUCGUUCUGCGGCUGUGGCUGAACCUUCUCGAGUCCAACAGUUACGUGUGGUUGGCAUUUUUGAUGUUUGCAUUCGGACUGAUCUGCUCGCUGCCGGGUGUUCGCGCCACUUCAAUGCCAACGGCAGUGUCAACGUGGUCGACGACGUCAGAAGAAGACGGUGCUCUGGUGGGUGCCAUCUGCCACUUCUGGAGAUGAUGCGAUAACGCCGAAUGCGUUCAACACGGAACUAACAGUCUUCCGGUGGUGGCAUAGGUACUCUAAAGAAGAAUCGGGUCGGACUGAGUGUGUUUCUGAGUAGAACGCUCAACUACAUGAGAGAUGCUUCCUUAUGGCGCUGAUGAAUUGGACGUUCAAGGUUUUUGUGGAAAUAUAAUAAUGAAUUAAGAAGGU